CAAAACAAGAGGUAAACCUUGUCUCUCUUUAUACUUCAUCAUCAGAAAACCUUCAUUUAACAGAAGAAAUGAACCAAAUUACACUGAAUGAUGAAACUCAAAUUGUUUUGGAGAGGUCAGUGGAGGAAGUAGAGAAAAUAAUAGCAUACAAAUUCAAGAACCCUAAUUUGUUACAACAAGCUUUGACUCAUUCUUCCUUUGAAGAAAACUGUGCUUCAUAUGAGAGAUUGGAGUAUAUGGGUGAUGCUGUUCUCAGUCUGUUGAUAGCAACGGAGCAUUAUUUGGAUUACCCAGAUUUACCUCUUGGGAAACUCACAAGGUUGAGAGCUGCCAAUGUAGAUACUGAGAAACUUGCUAGAGUUGCCAUCAAAUAUAAUUUGCAUGAUUAUUUACGUCACAAGAAGCCUUUACUUAAAGGACAAGUGGAAGAAUUCAGAGAUGCAAUAAUGGAGUAUCCAUUGCAUUCAACAGGUCUCAUUGACCCCCCUAAAGUUCUUGCAGAUAUAGUUGAAUCUUUGAUUGGUGCAAUCUAUAUUGAUUGCAAUUUCUCCAUGGAUACAACUUGGAAGGUGGUAAAAAAUUUGUUGCAGCCUCUAAUUACUCUAGGAAAACUCGAGAUUCAUCCAGUUACGAAAAUUAACGAGUUAUGCCAAAAGAAUGGAUUGAAAGCAGAAUUUGUUGAUUCAUGGGAGGAAAGAGGAGAGGUUGAAGUUCAUGUUAAUGGCAAAUUUGUUGGAAAGGGGAAGUUUAGUGGAAAGAAAAUAAUUGCACAAAAUCGGGCUGCACACAAUGCUUAUUAUCAAGUUGUCACAAAUUUGAGGAUGGAAAAAACUAUUGAUGAUUACCCUUGUGAUGAAAUACAAAACUGAAAUAGGCAUUAAUUAGCAUAUUUCAUAUAUUAUUAUCUGUCAUUUGAAUUUUGACUUCUUAAAAAAAGUUUUUUGCA